AUGGACCUGCAAGACGACGACAUGGCUCCCUCCGACUCUUACUUGCAACCCGACACACGCGUCUCCCACGCCGCCUCAUCAUUCUACUCCCAACCGUCACCAGCAGUCCCGUACGAGCAUUGGCCUCCCACAAAUGCUCUCGGAUUCACCUACCCUUAUGACGUUUCACCCGUAGAGGAAAGCCCCAACCCGUACGAAGGGCGCCGGAACUCCGACGUGAGCGCAAACGAGGAGCCAAAGAGCCGCUUCAGUUGGUCCACUCGGGCGACGCAGCAGACCACACCGCAGACGGCCUUCGAGCACAGCCCGCCGCCCAGCCCUCCGCCCGCGCUACCGGCCAAAUACAACACUGGAAACGGGCCAUUCGCACCUCGCGACCCUUCCCAAUUCAUGCCUCCGCCGCGCUUCGACUCGCGUCCUGUUACGCGCCCGGCAAUGAGCAUGAGAUCCGUAUCCACCACAGCAACCACGAUGACGACCCGCAAGCCAGUGCCAGCGCCCUCUUUCUCGAGCACCAUCACCACCGUGAAGCGCGCUCAAACCCAGCCCGUGGACACCAACACGAACAACUACAACAGCUACCCCCACACCCCCACCUCCUCCAAGCCCACGACCCCGACCUCUGCCAACAAGACGCUCCCGCUCCCGCCGCAGCUGGCCGACAGCGACUCGACGAUCAACGCGGACCCGCUGUCCAAGUACACCGCCCAGCUGGACGACCUCAGCCUGCGCCGCGCCAACAUCAACCGCGUCAUCAAGGACCUCACCAGCCUGCGCGACAUCAACAACCCGCUCCAGGUCGACUUGGCCACCCGCCGUGCCAACGAGCGCAAGGUCAAGGCCCUGCAGGACGAGCUGACCGAGAUCAGCGCCCAGGAGCACGAGAUUGGUAUGAAGCUGCACCGCGCGCGGAAGAAGGCCGAGAGGGAGGAGGGCUACGAAAGCGGGACGACGGCGCUGUGGGUGAGGAGGGUGACAAACCCAGUCUGA